CCCUCCGCGGGGGCGCCGACUCUUUCCUCCGGGCCCGGGAGGCUUCAGAGGCAGCAGUCGCGGCGAGCCGCGCGCCGAUUUCUCCCGGGACGGCCGCGGGAACCACGCCGGCGACAGCGGCAGCCGGAGACGCUCUCCUGGUCUGCGUUCUGACUCUUCUGUGGAACAGAGCUUAAGGAUCACUGUUGGCAAUGACCACUUUUGUGUUAGCACACCAGAACGGCGACACCUUAAUGAUCGGCUGGGGUCACCAGUGGAUAAUCUGGAAGACAUGGACAGGGAUGACCUGAUAGAUGAUUCUAUCUUCACUCGACGCUCCCAGUGCUCUCGGGGUCUUGAGCGAUAUAUUUCCCGGGAAGAGGAGCCUCUUAGUCCCUUCUUGGGACAAUUUGAUGAGGACUACAGAACAAGAGAGACUUUCCUGCAUCGAUCUGAUUAUAGUCCCCAUAUCAGUUGUCAUGAUGAGCUAUUGCGGGGAACAGAACGGACUAGAGACAAACUCAAAAGCUCCUACUCUGUCCGAUCUGAAGAAAGGAGCCGGGAGGCCAAAAGGCCCCGUUAUGAUGAUACAGAGAAGAUAUACAGCAUGGGAGGGGAUCACCCAGCUUUUACUUCCGGGACUCGAAACUAUCGGCAGCGCAGACGAAGCCCAAGUCCUAGGUUUCUAGACCCUGAGUUUCGAGAGCUGGACCUUGCCAGGAGAAAGCGAGAGGAAGAGGAACGAAGUAGGAGCUUGAGUCAGGAGCUUGUGGGAGAAGAUGAUGGUGGCAAUAGCUGUUCUAUUCCUGGAUUAUCAGGUGCCCUGACAGCUUCGGAGCCCGGAUAUUCUUUGCAUCGGCCUGAGGAAGUAUCUGUGAUGCCCAAGAAGUCCAUUCUGAAGAAGCGGAUUGAGGUGGACAUGGAACCUUCUGUACAGCUUGGCAGUUUUUCCAGCAGCACCAGCGCUAGCCAGGAUCAUGCUGGACACUCACCUCUUCCACUAAGUGGUGCUAUUGCAGCUUUUGCCUCAGAGAUUGAAGAUAAGGAGACAACAGUGGAGACUGCCCUGAAAGAACCUCAGGGCAACCUCUACCAAUGGGGUCCCCUCUCUGGGGUGCCCAAAGACAGCAGUCCCCUCAGAGAAAAAUUUGGAAGCUUUCUGUGCCACAAGGAAAACCUGGAUUUGAAGGCUGAGGGACCAACAGACUUCUUACUGCCCCAUGAGAGAGCUAGCCAGGAUGGAAGUGGGUUUUCCCGCAUUCUGAGCAUGUUGGCGGAUUCUACCAGCACACAGGAGAAAAGACGCCGAAGCUUUCCUGACAUUGAAGAUGAGGAGAAAUUUCUCUAUGGGGAUGAAGAAGAGGACUUUAAGGCAGAGUCCCCACCAAAGGCCCCUGGGGACUCUGAGAGUGAAGUUAUAAGGCAGAAAACAAGCUCCCUCCCCUCUUCAUCUCCAGCUAUAAAGGGGGAAUCCCUAGAAGAGACCAAUCCCGAAUAUGCCAAGAUUCAUGACUUGCUAAAGACCAUAGGGCUGGAUAUCGGAGUAGCAGAGAUUAGUCAACUGGCUGUGCGCACUCAAGAGCGACUUCACGGCAAGAAGCCAUCAUCACGCUCCACAACUGACCGGCGUUCUUCUGUUGACCGACACUUUUCAGCAGACCGUUCCUCUGUUGACCGCCGUUUCUCGGUUGAUCGGUACUCCUCAGAUCCCCAUAGACUGGAUGACAGGGAGACACACCGUGGCAAUGCACACUCCCCUGAGGGGUCCCAUCCACACUCAGCCUCCUCGAUAGAUCCUUACCUACUCACAAAACACAGCCCUCCCUUCCUAAAAUCUGACCAUCCAGUAGGUCAUAUUUCAAGACCCAAGGUAGUUGGUGGUGGGUUUCAGUCAGCUGUUGCAGUCAGGUGUGUAUUGCCCUCCGCAUCUUCUACCCCAAUUAGGCUUCCCCACUCUGCUUCAUUAUCUCAGUUUCAUGUGCCACAGGACUCUCAGUUUGCCGCAGCUCGGAUACCUCCAAACUACCAGGGACCAGCCAUCCCUGCUGCCUCCUUCGAUGCUUAUAGGUCCUACAUGGCCUAUGCAGCUGCAAGAUGGCCCUUGUACCCUGCAUCUCAGCCAGCAACCCCGCUUCUACCUGAGCUUCAUAGAAUAAUGCCACUAACCAAACAAGCUUCUCGGAGCCGUCCCAACCUCCGUGUCAUCCCCACUGUGACUCCUGACAAGCCCAAACAGGAGGAGUCAGUGCCAGACUCAGUUCCUACUGCCCAAGUACCUGUCCAGGUGUCUAUCCCACCACUCAUAAGAUACAACCCAGAGAAAAUCUCCGAUGAGAAGAACCGUGCCUCCCAGAAGCAGAAGGUUAUUGAAGAGAGAGAAAAACUGAAAAGUGAUCGGGAAGCCCGCCAGAAGAAAAUGUACUAUCUCAGGACCGAGUUGGAGCGGCUACAUAAACAACAAGGGGAGAUGCUACGCAAGAAGCAAAGGGAGAAGGACGGUCACAAAGACCCACUCCUGGUGGAGAUGAGUCGGCUGCAAGAUAACAUCAUGAAGGAUAUUGCAGAGCUACGGCAGGAAGCAGAAGAGGCAGAAAAGAAGCAAUCUGAACUUGACAAAGUGGCUCAGAUCUUAGGAAUUAACAUCUUUGAUAAAGCCCAGAAAUCUUCAAAUGACAGUAAAGAGCUUACUGAGAAGCCUGGGAAAGCAGAAAAAUCUAAGAGCCCAGAGAAAAUGUUGGCCUCCUCAAAGUCUUCUAGCAUUAAGGAAUCAAAGGUAAACCAUGAGAAGACCUGUGUGAAGAGCCCUAAGCCUGCUGAAAGCCCCCAGCCACCUGCUAAGCAGUGUGAUCAGCCUGUUGCUGGCUGUGAGUAUUAUGAUGCUGGCAACCACUGGUGCAAAAGCUGCAGUACCAUCUGUGGGACUAUGUUUGACUUCUUCACCCACAUGCACCAUGAGAAGCACACACAGACACUGGAUCCCUACCACAGACCUUGGGCUUCAAAGACCCAGAGUGAGGCCAAGCAAGAUGCUCUAAAGCAUACUGACAAGAUAACUGUUCCUGCAAAAGGCUGUGAGUUUCUGAUUCCUAUUACUGGAUUUUACUGCCUACUCUGUGAAGAACUUUUGGGCGAUCCAAUUUCUGGAGAGCAACAUGUGAAGGGUCACGAACACAAUGACAAAUACAAGAAAUACAUGGAUGAAAAUCCAUUGUAUGAGGCAAGGCGGAAUCUGGAGCGGCGGAAUCUGGAGCGGCGGAACCUAGACCGUCAGCCUAACCCAUUUGCUGUGGUCCUAGAGAAAGAACGGCGACGGCAAAAUGAGCUAAAGCGCAAACUUAGGGAGAAACAAAAAGAGGAGAAAGAAAAAAAGGCAAAGGUUGUGAAAGAAACAAAGGAGAGUGACAAGAUCUGUAUGGAAUUAGAAGACCAAGUCUCUGAGUGUUGGAACUCCCCUGAAAAAGCUGAAAAUAAAAGGAAUCUGAACAUCAAACUCCAAUUAAAAGAAGAGGUGAAGAAGGAAUCACCAACAUCAUCAUCUUUUGGGAAAUUCAGCUGGAAGAAGUCAGAAAAAGAAGAGGAAAAGAGUUCAGAGGUAGCCCCAAGUAUCCUUAAAGAAGAGAUUGUGGAAAGCAGUAAGGAUAAAGAAGAUGGCAAAGCUGAAACUGGGAAGGCAAAGCCCAUCAAAAUCAAGCUAUCUGGGAAAACUGUUGUUGCACAUACCAGCCCCUGGAUGCCUGUUGUGACAACUUCAGCACAGACUAAAAUCCGACCCAACCUGCCUAUCCCAUCCACAGUACUCCGCAAGUCAGCUUCAGCUACAGUGAGCAAGCCUGCCCCUCUUAACACCUUUCUGUCCAUCAAGUCCUCUGGAACUACUGCUAAACCUCUGCCAGUGGUUAAAGAGUCUUCAGCUGAUCUCCUCUUGCCUCCAGACAUCAUCUCCAAAGCUUUUGGAGGAGAAGAAGUGAUUCUAAAAGGGUCUCCAGAGGAAAAAGUGCUGGCUGAAAAGAAUGAGCCAUCCCAUAUACCUGAGCAAAUGUUGCCGCCACCGCCGCCACCUCUUCCUCCCCCUCCCCCUCCUCCUCCACCUCCUCCUCCACCAUCUCCUCCUCCAUCUCCUCCUCCACCUCCCCCACCUCCAGUUAUACCUCAUCCCACUGCUCCAUCUCCUGCUCAAGCAAAUGUGGUCUUGACUCCAGGAAAAUCAAACUCAGCUGUAUCUCAGACUCUCAGUUCUGGCUUCCUGGGUCCUAACAUUCUGAACUCAGUGUUGCCUGUAGCCUUCAAGGCCUCAGCACAGCCAGCUGCCAUUCCUUCUGAUGAGACAGCUCCUGGGGAACAAUUCCAAAAGCCUGCACAUUUACAAAAGGAAGCACUGCAGCAGACAUUCCUGCUCCAGGAGUGUAAAGAUAGAAGUCACGGAGAUCAUGGAAAUGAUGAACACCCUUGUGACCAGUAGGCAGUCACCUCUAGGGUCUGACUUCCAGAAGAACCCAUCGGCAAAAACUCCCAAUUACCACUGCUCUCAAGCUGCCCCUAAGAUGGGCAGUCACCAGUCUGUUUUCUGUCUCUAUGGCUUUACCUAUUCUGAACAUGAAUCAUACAGCCUGUGGUCUUUUGUGUCUGGCUUCUUUCAUUUAGCAUGAUGUUCUCAACAUUCAUCCAUAUGGUGUCAUGUAUCAUUGCUUCACCACAUAAUAUAUCGUUGAUAUACACCAUGUUUUGUUUAUCCAUUAGUUGGUGGACAUUUUGGUUAUUUCCACUUUGGAGCAAUUAUGAAUAAUGCUGCUAUAUUCAUGUGCAAGUUUUUGAGAGGAUAUAUAUUUUCAGUUUUCUUGGGUGUAUACCUACAAAUAGAAUUGCUAUUGGUAACUGUGUAACUUUUUAAAAAUAAAAGUUUGUAUUAAAA